AUGGCAUACAACGGCGUUUUCAUCCCCUCCGUUGCGCGCCAUAUCGCCAAACAGCAAACCUGUUUUGAGCAGGCAGCGCGAUCACUCCGCAUGUGGGCGACCAGAGACGCCACUCAAGGUCCGCAAGACUCGAGAGAACCUCAGGGCAAACGCUGGCUAUCCAGAUAUACCACCACCAGUGACUCCAAUAGCAUGCCAGAGAUGUCGAGAGCAUCGCUCAUCCCGCACGGGGAAAAUUGCCAACAAGGUACAUCUACUUCUAUAGAGCUAUCGCACGCUGCCUUACGUCCUCUGCUCAAAGCCGAGAGACACAAGUCCGUAAGCCAGCGUAUGCUCUCGAAAGUCAAACAGGGUAUCAACAAUCGAUCAAAAGCUUCCUUAUCAGUACGUGCGGUUGAGGCCGAGCCCAGUCUGAUUCGGCGGCUAUCUGCUCGACGCAAGCAUAGUAGUGACAAUGAACGGCGUGCUCAAAGCUUCGAAAUUAGCAGAGAUAGCGUGCGCAGCAUAGAUGAGUGCGACUUUGAAGGGCUGUCAAGGGAAGCCUCAAUGGCUGGCCGCUCAUUGAGUGAUUACACACUUGCGACCAGCGAGCUCAUGGUCGACUGUCCAUCUACACCAACACAACACCACAACCACAACCCCCUGGCCCAAACACCGUACACUUCCGAUACAUCUUCACCUCAACAUGUCUUCGCUGAGGCAUCGGAACAGACACCGCGGCCAAUGUCUAGCAAACUGCCCAUGACAGCAAAGACAAGGAUUAUCGUUCCUUCAGUCAGCGUAGCUAUCACUCUCGAACAAGCGACGGUCGACUGCAACUUGCGAGCUGAUGUCUGGGUUGCCAUCGAGGCUUCUGUUCAGGCAUUCAAUGACUCUUCUUCUGUCAGCGGUAGUGGAGUGCACUCGAAGAUCCCGCAUAACGAUUUGAAUGUUUCAGAUUCUGUCGCCGGACGCAUAAGCAGCCUGAGGCUCUGUUACAAGCCUGUCCAAGGAUGUACCAUACUCGACGUCAUCGGCCACAAAAGUAUGAAGGAUCUCAAGAUUGGACAGAAGUGCAGCUUGUUUGUCAAAGUGCGGGUAUACGAGGCUGUACCUCGCGAGUCGCCGAUGGAUCACGAUGAUCAGAACUCUCUAUUUACCGAGCUGGAAAGUCUAGUAGGCACUUUGACUACGGAUUUGCUGCAUGUGGAGGUACGAUACAGAACGUCGCUGCUACCCUACGACAAUGUAGUGACUGUGAAAUCGGUUGCCAAAGUGGCCAGACCGCAAACAGAAUCACGAUGGAGUGUUAUUGAAACCUACAGCGAUAUCGAGAUGUCGGAGCAGACGCACACCAAGCUAGCGAUAUACAUCGCCGACACAUACCCAGCCGAGCGAGCUCUUGAGUAUCUUGAUCGCCAUCUCGCGAAUGAGCUCGAGCGCGAGGAGCCACUUCAACAGAUGCGACGGUUAAUCGCUGCGGAAAUUAAUGAGAAUGGCACUGGCCACAACGAAGUAGUCGUUGAAAUAUGUCCAAUGGUGGUUGUGACCGCUGAUGAGUCGAAGUCGAGUAUGAGCGAGCGCCCGGCAACUGCUUUGUCGUCAGGCUCUCAUGGCUCUGGGCGCAAAGGACAUAGCCGCUAUAGCAACACCGGAAGUGACUCACGAACAGUGUCGAGCUCGGCCAUGCCGUCACCAUUGCUGCAUGUCCAUCCUCCAUUACAGACGUCGCAGUCCCCAAUUCUUAUGACAGCUACAAGGAUUGACUCGCCAUCACCCAAAAACGACGAUGCACGGCGCGUCUGGCACCACAUCCGACGUUCAUCUCGAUCCACGAACCUGCUCGCGAGCAAAGGCGAAGACCAAAUCGAGGACUUGGAAGCUAGCGACGAACGACUGAAAUCAUUGAGAGAUAAGGCACUGGCGAACAAACGAUCUAUUGGUGCCGAGACGCUGAAGGGAUGGAAAUGGGAUGGUGAAGUGAUGAAGCUGGGAGAAGCGCCAUGGCUCUAG